GCAGCUCUGUCGGAGGAAGGACCCUGGAGUGAAGUAGCAGUUUGUAGUCAGAGAGGCGCAGGAGGCAACGAUAGAGAGUCAGUACCAACAGGAACAUAGGGGCAGCAUGAAUCAGGUAAAAGCUGACGACCACGUUGGAAACAGCUCAACUGUGGCGCUGGUGGAGAGCAGUGCCAACCCUGCAGGUCUUCAGCUGGUCAGCACCUACCAAACCAAUCGCAUCGGAGAUCCUCUCGAUAUUGUAGCCCUGGCACAGCAAAUCCAGAAGGCAGAUGAGUUUAUACAUGCCAACGCUUGUAACAGACUGACUGUGAUCGCGGAGCAAAUCCAGUAUCUCCAAGAGAAAGCCCGAAAGGUCCUGGAAGAGGCCAAGAGGGAUGCGGAUCUCCAUCAUGUCGCCUGCAACAUUGUGAAGAAGCCUGGCACGGUGUACUUCAUGUACAGGCGGGAUUCUGGUCAGAAAUACUUCUCCAUCCUUUCACCAAAGGAGUGGGGGCCGAACCACCCUCACGAGUUCCUUGGUGCCUACAAGCUGCAGCAUGACAUGUCAUGGACACCAUACGAGGAGAUUGAGAAAAGAGAUUCCGAAGUUGGUCUCAUUAACAAGCUCCUGACCCAGCAGCAGACACUGCCACACAGCACAGAACCCAACUUCCAUGGACUCGAACCGAUGAUUCUCCCUGCCGACAAAAAUAGCCUCAAAGAUUCGAACGUGUCCUGAAAAGGAGGUUUUGAUUCCAGAAAACACUGAGCUCCCUGAUGGUCACACUGGAUAAUUUUAAAACUUUGUUUCACGCCUAUUCCUUUGAAAUUCAUGGUUCCGUCUCUUUCAGCAACACAGCCUAGAAAUGACUGUGUGGGCUAACAGUAGAAAAACACUGCUAUGUUCAUUUGACUUCCCUUUUGUUUGUUUAGAGGGUAGACAGUAUUCUAUUUAUAUGAAAUGGGCCAGCAUCGUAUAAAAUAACACACUGGGGAAUAGCAUAAGAACAUGAUAAGCAUCUGCCCAUUAAUAUCUGUAACAGCAAACCAGGUUAAGAAGGGAAAACUUCAUUCUUAAAUGAUGCCAACCAACACAAAUAGUUACAAUCAUCUGAGAAUCUCAAAUCCAUGGAGGAAAUUCAGCAAAUUGAACUGUUAUUACUGUACUUACUUACACUUUGAAUAUGAAUAACUAAUGACCUGGUUAUAAAUUGCUCAUCCCAAAGGUAUCACCAUUGUAAAUAAGAAUAUUAAAAAGAAGCAGCAGGAAACUAUACAGUCCCUUAAGUCUGCUCCAACAGUUCAUCAUGGCAGAUUUUCAGUCUCAACUCUAAUUUUCUGCCCGUCACCAUAUCUAUCACUUCUCUCAAAAGCCAAAAAUCUGUCCUGCAGUCUUAAAUAUAUUCAAUGAUGGUACAUCUGCAACCUUCUGGGGUGGAGACUUCCAAGGACUUUCAACUCCUUGAGUGAAGAGGUUUUUCCUCAUCUCAGUUGUAAAUGAUUGGACUCUGAUCCUAUGAGCUCCAUUCUCUAAAUUUGUCAGUCAGGGGAAACAACCUCAGUGUUUACCCCUGUCAUUUAUAGCACCAAUCUACAACAGGAAUUGACUGCUAUAAUCCUAUGAACAUUAAUGCUCCAUUAUACCUUCAAUACAUCCCUGCAUAUGGGUCACAGGAAGAGUAGGCCAUUCAGCCAAUGAACCUGUGCUGUCCCUCUAUUAGAUCAUGAAUGAUUUGUAGUUUAACUCUGUCUAUCUGUCUUGGUUCCAUAAUGCUUAAUGGCUUAACAAAACAAAACAUUCUAAACUUGAUAGGGACAUAAGAUUUCUAGAUUGCCUUAAAUUUUGUGAAGAGGCUUGACACUUCUCAAGUUGCUCACAAAAUAAGUGAAGAAUCUGUAACCAUGCAUAUUUCAGACAAAUGGUCUCCCAAUCUCUACCAGGUUUCACAGAAUCAUAGAUCCCCUAAAGUGCAGAAGGAGGCCAUUUGGCCCAUUGAGUCCAUACUGACCUUCCAAAAGCCAUCCAGACUCCCAUCAUAUCCCAUAACCCUGCCUUUCCUUUGGCUACACAUCCCUGAACAUUACAGACAAUUUCAGCACGGCCGAUCCACCUAACCUGCACAUCUUUGGGCUGUGGGAGAAACCGGAGCACCCAAAGGAAACCCAUGCAGGGCCAGAAACUGUAAUUCUAAUGCUGUGUAGUGUGUGAAGUGACUGGUGCGUUUCACACACGCCAUCGGUUUACUGAAAUCCCCUCGACAACGGAAAUAAAGUCUGAGUUUUGAAAACUGA